AUGAACACCAAUAUAAGUUCAAACGUCAGCCUUCACAACUCCACCAACCACAAGCGUUACCAUGGUCCACUGUGGUACCAUUACCCUGAGUGUGAGGAGACCCCUUACAGCUUUAUUUUCUACUAUGGGGUCAAGGUGCUCAACUUCUUGGUUGGCUCGCCGAGCAACAUCUUCGUCAUCUGGCAAAUUGCGAGCAAGAAAAAGAACACCUCCACGUCUGACAUCUUCAUCUUCAACCUGGCUUUGCUGGACGCUUACUUCUGCUUGAUGACACCGAUAGAGCUGACCAACAGGAUGCUGUGGAGUAACGAGUAUGUCUGGUACUUCCAGAGGUUUGCCUACGGAGUUAAGGACUUAACGCCGCUGUUCCUUGUGUGUAUCUGCAUGGAUCGCUACAUAGCCGUGGUCCACCCGGUGUUUUUCUCUAGAUAUCGAGACAGCAUGGCCCGGACUACCAUUUCUGUGGUGGUUUGGAUUCUAAUGAUGCCUUACAGCCUGACAAAGUCCAUCUUUGGAAUCAUGAGCACGACAGAUGUCUUCGGCGGGGUCAUCCUCUUCGCGUUCGCAAUCAUGGUCUUCUGCAACAUCUCUGUCAUCUGGGUUCUCCGUCACUCCGUGGCCGGGAAGGAGGUGAUGCACCCAGUGAAGAAGAAGGCCUUUAAGAUGGUACUGAAAAACCUGGCCAUCAUUGUGGUCAACUACCUGACCCCCGUGGCCACCAUGCCCUUCGUGCCAGUUUACUCGUACAUCGAGUACCGCUGCUUCAUCAGCAUCAUCGUGUUCUCCAUCAUGGAUCUGAGCUGCAUCAUCGAGCCACUCCUCUACAUCACAAAGAUGGAGAAAUUAAACGUAAUGUGCUGCAAGCAGGACUCUACAGAAAGCCCAUCUGAUGCUAAAGUUUGAUGAAAACUCCAUCAAUGCUGUUGGUAAAUCAAAUACACACUCUUAACACGACU